AUGACGCGCCCUCAAAUCGUCAGAGCUGAUACGCUGGAUCUCCAGGAUAAGACGUCGCCGACCGCCCAGGACCACACCAAUCAACCCAGUCACCCAGCGCCGCUCGGAAUUGGCCCUGCUGCACCGCAUCAGGAGGCAUCGCUGCGUCGCGUCGAGGACGAGCGCUCCGACGAAGAGGCGCGCCUGCAAAAUGGUGCACACAACGACACGAACGGACUGCGUCAUGACCCCGCGUCCGACGACGAGAGCACCGUAGCGGUCAACGGCAAUACGGGCGACAACGCUGCCGUCAGGCUCAAUGGUGGUAUGAGUGGUGAGGGCGAUGACGCAGACAUGCAAGACGCCGAUGUCGAGGAGGACCUGGACGACAUGGACAGAAUAUCGAGCUCGCCCUCGAUCUCCGAUGCUCUUCGCCAGUCGCAUCGCCGCCGUCUUCGGCAGGUUGCGAUUCCUCCUCUCCGUUCACAGAAACCCCCAUCCAUUUUCCUUUACCGAUGGCUGCCGCUCGAAGACCGCUCCGAGUCCCAGCUGGCAGCGCAAGAUCAGUCACGCAUUCUUCUUAUCGACUAUUUCCUACUUCUCAGUCACUCCCCUCUCAAAAUAGCCAUACGGUACAGUCAGCGGAUCAUCAUCAUGAUAAGUCCAGACACGGUACACCUUACGCAAGUGGAGCAUCGAUUACAGCACAUGCGCCUGGAUUCUCUGGGUUCCCUAUUGUCUGAAUCGGACGACGAUACGUUGCAAUGUAUGCUGCAACCUGUGCCUAGCCCUUCAUUCAACGAAUCUGAAGACCCGUUCUACGAACCUAAGAGGAGCAGCUACGAGAUACCUAAGAGGACGAUCAGCUUAUCACGGACGUGGUUCGAGGAGGAAGCACACGGGAGCGGCCAAGACGGUAAUCCCCCACUAAUGUCUAGUGAAGAUGAGGAUAAUUCCUGGACAGAUGACAGCGAUGCCGACAGCUGGGACGCAAAUCUUCAUGAUGAUGAUGAUACCAAUGACGUUUCUUUUACCUUCUCUGAUGACCCUCGCUUUGUGGAUUCCGGAUGGGGUGGAGAGUGCUUACGUGAAGUAGAGGACAUCGAUUUCGAAUUCGUAUACUCGUUGCAUACAUUUGUCGCGACGGUUGAAGGGCAAGCAAAUGCUACCAAAGGUGACACUAUGGUACUGCUCGACGACAGCAACAGCUACUGGUGGCUUGUUCGCGUUGUAAAGGAUAACAGCAUCGGAUACCUACCGGCUGAGCAUAUCGAGACCCCAACCGAACGACUUGCUCGGUUGAACAAACACCGGAAUAUUGACCUUUCUGCGACUAUGCUUGGUGAUACAGCUGAGAAGACGAAGAAUCCAUUGAAAAAGGCUAUGCGAAGGCGCAAUGCUAAGACGGUGCAAUUUGCGCAGCCGCAGUAUUUCGAACCGUCGGACUAUGACUAUUCCUCCGAUGAAGACGACGGCGACGAUCUGUUUGGUGGCGCAGACCCAACCCAGGCAGACGCAGAACAGCAGCAGCAGCAAGAAACAGCUGAAAAGUCAGAGUCAGAGCAGGAUGAGAACCUUAAGGUUCAGCCCCUAAAGGUGAACGGCUCUAAGAAAGAUCCUCAGGCCAAGUUGGAGGCAGAGACGGGUGAUCCCGCAGAUGAAGCUGGGAAAGGUAGUGGCGAGAAGCAGAGAAGUAGCGACGAAAGCUUUGACAAACCUCUGGAUCCGAAAGUGUCUCGAAACGGGACAAUGAGGAACACAGACUCCUUCUUCAAGGACGAAAACACAGAAACGCGGAAGAUUACCCUUACACCAAAUUUGCUCCGGGAUGACUCAAGUACUUCUACCACUGGCUCCAGGGAGCGUGGUCCCAGUCUCGAGAGCCUAGAAAAGAACGGGUUCGCGGACAAAGUCAAGGAUGACAAGAAGAAAAAGGAGAAGAAACCUGGAAUGCUUAGUGGGCUUUUCAAGCGCAAAGACAAGAAGGGCAAGGGUGUCGGCAUGGAUUCCAAUGAUAGCGACGCAGAGCCAUCUUCGAAGCAGUCGGAGGAAUAUGGCCGCGAGUCACCACAAUCAAAGCCAUCGGACGACUUAUCUGCGGAACGUGCGUCCUCUGAACAGAGUGCUGCUCCAUCGAGGCAGUCGAGCAAGGGCAAGUUGCAGAAACCACAGCGCAAUAGGGAGGAGUCGCCUUCCAAGGUGAAGGGUAUACUUAAGAUGGAUACUCCUGAGCCUCUGGCAGUGCAAUCAGCGACCGCACAGGAAUCUGUUGUCGAUCAACCGGCGACGCAAAUGACUUCGACCAUGCGUUUAGUACCCUCAGAAGAACCCCCUGUCGAAGAGCGCGCACUUUCGCCUGAGAAACCGUCAUCGUUAAACACCGCAGCCUCGAAACUCAAUCCCCUCAAUAUCGUCAAAAGUUCACAAAAUGCAGAGCCGAAGCCUGAGAAGGUUAAGAAAGCUAAGCAGCGCGUGCAGCUGGACGACUUUGAUUCUGACGACGAGAAAGACCCGUUUGCAGACCCGGCAAUGCAACCGCAGUCGGCCCAACAUAGCGAGUCGGAGCCAACCGGAAGACUUUCCGAAUCUCCCGUGCAUGUGUCGGCAGCCGACGCUCAGCCGUCAGCGAAAGACAACACCCAAGAGAAAGAUCAGGAAUCCGACUCUCAGCACCCUCCAGGUCUCACAGGCGACACCUCAAGUCAAGACACGAGCUCACCCAUAUCGACACCUACUCCCGACGACAGUCCUUCUACAACGCAGCCAAGCAAACCGACCAUCUCCACUGCUCAAGCAGCAACGUCGCCAGAUCCCACCGAGCCCACGUCCGCUUCGUCGAUGCCACCGCCCUCGCGACCAGCGCCAGUCCCAGAAAAGGCAAUGGACGUCUCGCCACCAAACUCCUCCGAGAGCACAACGUUACCUGCAUGGUCAGACCAUUCGCUGCGUACAUACCUCGACGAUGGAAGCGAUAUCAGGGACAUGCUGCUGGUCAUCAAUGACACCACAGGCGUCGUCCCCGUCGGUCCUGAACACCCCAUCAUGUCGCAGCUAUUUGUCGAAGAGACAAAGACCGUGACUGGCUUGAGUAUCCAGCUUGACUCGCUGCUGAACGGACUGCUGGAAAAACGUUCGAAGAGAUCAGGAUCGAGUCCGGUUGCCGGACGAUAG